UCUAGUUCUUAUUUUUGUUACUUUACUGUUAAGCAUACUGUACAUUUCUACUAGUUUUCAAACAGUUGCUAAGUAAACUUCAGCGAAAUUGGUUAUUGAGAAGGAGACAAUUCAAAAUUACUUAAAAUUGGCUCACAAAACAAGUUAUUCUCCGACUUAUUAUUUUGUUGUCCUUUGUAUUUCGAUAGUUUUUAGCUAGGGUUCUUUAACAGAAAAUCUCAAAAUGAAUGCGCGAUCGCAAGUGUUCGAUUUAAGUAUGGAGGGUAGACAAGUGGACGAGGCUGUUGCAAGUAUAUUUCAUACCGUUCUGUUCCAUCGAUGCCUGGGUAAAUUCAUGUACACAGGCGAUGCCACCUACUCCAUAGGAACCGUUGGUUAUACAGAUGUCGAUUGCGAUUUUAUUGAUUUCACGUAUGUUUGUUGUACAUCGGAUAGUCUUCAUCGUACUGUUAAACGAGCAAUAAAUACAUUUAGUGAGAAACUACGUAGCAACGACAGUUCUGGUUCAGGACAAAUUAGUCUAGAAUUUUUUCAACGUAAGAAAAAUCGUUGGCCGUUCCAGGCGGAAUGCAUUCCAUGGGAGGUUUGGACAGUUCGCCUUGAUUUAAUCACAAUUGAUAGUGAAGAUCAAAGACAAAUUUAUCGUGAAACUGUUAGUGAGGUUCUAUCCGAUAAAAUUUUUUAUAUCACGGAAGUAAUGAAUCGUCACGAUUAUGUUCCGAAAAUGCCUAGCCAAAGCGAACUUGAUCUUAUUUUUGAUACAUCCUAUCCGGAUGUUCAGCCGUAUCUAUUUAAAUUUGAUUUUAGUACAUCUGAUACGCCGGCACCGUCGGUUAGUAAUACAAUGAAAAAAUUAAUCAAGGAAACACUUUCGUUGUGAUUUUUAUUCUAAUAUACGCUUCUCGCCUAUGCAGGCUCAUCUUUCAGCUCUCGAUUUUUUCUAUCCUCAUUGUACUUAUUUAUGAGAACGAUGAUAAACCGAAUAUCUUCGAUUUUUUAAAUGUUGUUUUCAUGCUGCAACGUUUUAUAGUGAAAUGACUUUGAUUGUGGUAGGGGGUUCAGUUCAGGUAUUUUUUGAAAGCAGAUCACACUCAAAAAAUAUUAAAAUUUAGCAUAUUUUGCAUUAAGCGGAAAAAAAUUAACAAAUUUUUAUUAUAUGUGGAAAAUGUUUACUCGGAAGUAAGAUGGAAAGUACGAAAUUAACCCAAAUAUCAAUAUUUAUUUUAUGCUUAGUAAUUUUAGCUAUGGUUUAGGAAUAUGUCUUUAUUACAUAUUUCCAAUAAAUAGGAUAAAUCCGUUCGAAGGUAUCCUCUAUUUCAAUUAGCAUUGUUUAAAUGAUUCUGCAAACAUGGUACUGUACUUUGUGAUAUAUUGGCUUUUUCAUUAUGUGCCUCUGCACUUACAGUUUGUUAGUGUACUUUUGCUGAAAAAUCGUUUAGUAGGACAAUUCAUUUUAAAUAAUCAUCAGAAAAUAUAGGCCGAAUUCAUUAUGCUUGCGAUGUAUGAUUACAAUUUUUGUGUGCGGCUCUUUUAGUAUAUCCUUCCAACGGCGUGGGUAUGUUGUCUGCAAGCUCUUGGAAUAAAACAUAGUAAACAAUCAAACGAAUCAAUUCUAAUACGGGAGCAGUGUGCUGCAACGAUCGUCAUCAACUUCAUAUUUCUUUUUUAUGUCUCGGAAAAAUUUCGAGUCUUUUUCCAAAAGAAAUCCUAAAAGUGAAUGAUAUCAAACGUCAAAGCAAUUAUAAUACUGUUAGAGCAGUCUUACACGGUCAGUUUCCAUCAGUUUGUCAUAAGUCAAUCCAUGAAAAAUUGACUGAUGAGAAACUGAUGGACUGACGCGUUCGGUAUAAUACUCAGCCUAAGAUGACAAAAAAGAGAAUGUGGUGCAUACAAUUGAACAUCCGAAACAUUCGGAAGUCUUGUUUGGACUAACAACAGAAUGACAACUGCCUGCACUACACUCAGCCUGUCACCAGUCCAAACAGAUUGACAAAUAUUGAAUAUUCAUUGAUCAGGUUCAUCAGUCCAUCAGUCUUUAUCACAAGCUACCAGUUUACCAUAAUUUUGUUAAUCUGACUGAUGUCAGCGUUAUGGGAAACUGGUCGUGUAGGGUUGCUCUAAAUCUAAAAUAUUUUUCUAGUAACCCAGGAGUUGCAAGUGAAUCAAAAAUCAGUAAAUCGUCCUUAAGGGGUAUGCGCCAAAGGGCUGGACGAUUUUUUUUUCGCUUUUUCGCCAAAAAAUUAAUACAGCAUUCGUAAAGCUGACGAUUUGAACGAUUUAAGCCAAGGACAACUUAUACGAUGCAAUUCCGAUAUUACUGGACUCAGUCUAGGAAGUACAUGUAGUUGUGUCCGAAGCUAAAAAGGCGAUGUUUAUCUCUUUGCACGAUUAUCAAGGAACGGCCUGACAUUCCAAGGUUUUGGGAUGUCAGGUGCCAUUUGACACUGUCAGCACAUUUGACAAAUGCUAUCCAAAUUUCUUGCCAAAGCUCAUAAUAUCUACAAUGUCUCGUUUUGUUUUUGAUUCAAAGUAGUUAUUUGUCAAUAAUGUUGUUAGUUUCGACACUGAGGAGGAAAUUCAGAUCACGAAGUUGUGGCCUUUGUAUAUUUUGCUGUACUUUUUAGGAAUCCAUCUUUGUUUCUUUGGGGCACGUGCAAUAAAUAUUUCAUUAAACACUGAAAAAUAGGGGAAAGACUAGGAAACAAUCCGUUGCUUUGAUUAAAAAUACAAGAAUUGAAAAAUUAUGUUAUCCAAAGGUAAAAUUGUUUUCCGUAGUUAGAACAGUGAUCUGGAAGGAUUUUAUCCCAAAAAAAGAAUAAAAAUGGCUUUAGUUCGAGUCAAUUUAUGAUAUGAUAAAUAAGGUUCCCAUUAAAGUUUCAAGUGAAAAUUUGUUGAUCCCUAAAAGCGCUAACUGAUCCGUAUGUUAAAAAAUUUUGUCUUACGAAGAAUGGCUGACUUUUGAUGUCGUUUGUCGUAGACUUUUAAAAAUAUGCGCCGAAAAUAUAAGACUGACUGGAAAGGAUGCGAUGAUCUCCUGUUGGAGUUGUCGGAUAAGGUUCAAAUUUAUGAAAAAAUAGGCAAUGAGAUGUAGUUAAUUCGUACCCGAACUUUAUUUUUUUAUUUGUGGGUUUGUUGGGCUCCACAGAUAGUACGUUCAGGGUAAUCAUUCUUCGCUAUUGCGAACAAAGGAAUCGCAGGUAUUUCAAAAGUUAUUCGGAAUUGCCCUAAAUAAAACACAAAAAGACAAUGAGGCUGCACUGAAUUUUCUGCUUUUCUUUGCAGAUCUCAAAAAAAUAUUUUUGGAACAAUACAAAAAAAUUCACUUUGGAAUUUCAUCUAGUGAGGCUUUGUGCUAUCAUCCUCGAUAAUUGUGAACGAUAGAAACACGGUCACUCUAUAAGCAGCUGAUGCUGAACUUGUUUAUAACAGAACUACAUAUUGUAGUAUGUAAAGAAAGGCCAGCGGGAUUCAAGGAUAACCUCGUGUAUUAGAGAGCCUUGUCUAUCGCUCUCAAUCAAAAAAAGAUGAAUAAACUGAAGCAAAUAUUUUUGCUAAUAUAAUUCCAUCAGAAUGAAUGAUCAAUCCACCUUCCGCCUUACUGCCAAUUGUAUUUGCAUGGAUUGGUAACUGCGAGGGAAUUACCUGUUAUAAGAUGAAACUGUUAGCACCAAAAAUGUGCUUUGAGACGAUAUCAUCUAAAUGGCAUUCAUAAGUAAUGCAUUUUGUUGGAAACGGAUGCAACCACCUGCCCUGUUAUCAAUUGUAGUUCUGCAUCAUCACAAUUGAAGAACCUUUGUAGUUUACUUUGCAAUUUGUGCCAUUUGAUCUCCGUUUCCAAAGUGUCAGUAGCUGUGUACAUCUUUUCUACACAAUAUCCGUGCUUAUUAGUUUAUAAUUCUAAUGUUAUGAUUGAUGAAGGACUUUAAAGAAUCACAGCCAACCAGCUUAGUGCCUUUGCCAAUUCGGUCCCCAGAUUCCCUAUUUCUCAGCAAAUUCAAAUGCUAAUUAGUAAAAUUUGCUGCGACUGCAUGAAAAUUGGGAAACACAUAUUAUCUUGAAAUGUUCAAUAAACUUUUGUUCGUUGAUACAACUCGAAGAUCCAAGUCUGUUCAAUUUGCCAGCAACAAUAUUUCCAUCCUUUCUCACUCUUCUCUUGAGUGACCCAGGAGGAGUAGUCUAAGGUUCACUAGUUUUUCAAUGGAUCAUCAUCAUCAACAGCGGCGCAACAACCGGUAUCCAGUCUAGGCCUGCCUUAAUAAGGAACUCCAGACACCCCGCUUUUGCGCCGAGGGCCACUAAUUCGAUAUCCCUAAAAGCUGUC